AUGCGUGUUCGAGUCUUUCGCCACCCACUUUGUCAGUACAGGAAGAAAGAUGUUCUGCAGCCUUGCUUUUCUCCUCCUCCCUACAUGUUACCCCUCCCUUCUAAACCAGGCAAAAGAGAGAAAGUCACAAUUUUGAAAUUCGGAAGCAAGGCUCUGUCCUCCUUCCACUCUCCCCUACGCUCCUUUCUGUUCCCUCUUGCCUCCAGAAAGUUAGACUCUGAAGCUUUUGUGCCACUCCACCAUGACUGGUCCACCAGCACCAUGGCAUAUUUGGAUAUUGAUGAUUGGAUUAGCACUUCAAGGAUUGUUGUGGGAGCGCCUGGGGAGCAGAACUCUACAGGCCAAGUGUACCAGUGUGACAUGCAGAAGAAGGAGUGUGAGGCGAUUCCACUGACGGGGAGCUCAGGAGUCCCCCACUUGGGCAUGACCCUGGCAAGUGACAACCAGCGAUCCAAGAUGAUUGCUUGUGCACCGGGAGUCGAACAGCAUUGUGACAAAAAUCUCUAUGUGAGCGGAGUCUGCUAUCUCUUUGAAGCCAAACUGCAAAAACCCCAAAACAUCACUACUGGGUAUCAAAAGUGCCUCAAAGGGAACUUGGACCUGGUGUUCCUCUUUGAUGGGUCGGAAAGCAUGAGAAAUCAGGACUUCAAUACUAUUAAGGACUUCAUGAUCAAGGUCAUGGAAGAACUACGCAACAGCACCAUACAUUUUGCUGCUGUGCAGUUUUCAGAGGAGGCCAAAAUUGAAUUUGAUUUUAAUGAUUAUACCAAGGAUCGCAACCCUCGAAAGCUUUUGGCCAACGUGAAACACAUGAAAAGCUUAACAGACACCUUCAAAGCCAUCAAACUUGUAGCGAAUGACCUUUUCACUCCUGCGCGUGGCAUGCGCAAAGGAGCAAAUAAAGCAAUCAUCCUAAUCACCGAUGGACAAGCCACAGAUGAAGACCACGGAAGCAUUGCUGCUGCCAGAAAUAAGGACAUCAUACGCCUUGCCAUUGGGAUUGGGAUUCAUGUAACUCGAGAUCAGCUUGAAAUGCUUGCUUCUGAACCCCCCAGUGAAUUUGUGAAGAUCCUCGCCAGCUUUGAAGAACUAAAAGACAGCUUCUAUGACCUCCAGUCCAAGAUUUAUGGCAUUGAAGGUGCCAGUGACAAAAGUUCAUUCCACCUGGAGAUGUCAUCCAGUGGAUUCAGUGCCGAUAUAUCCCAGGACCGAGUGGUUUUGGGUGCUGUCGGUGCGGACAACUGGGCUGGAGGGCUGCUGGAACAGCAGAAGGAUCUCAGUAAAGAGCAGUUCAUCUCUACCCCUUCGUUCAGGAAGGAGAUGGAAGGCGCUUACUUGGGUUAUGCCCUGAAAUUCCUACAGCACCAGCAAAAAGAACUAUAUGCUGCUGGUGCCCCUCGAUACCAACAUUUGGGAAGAGUCUUCAUCUUUGAAGUCAAUGCCACAACUAGUAACUGGACAUUAAAGCAAGAGAUCGAAGGGCAGCAGACUGGGUCAUAUUUUGGAGGAGUUCUCUGCGCCUUAGAUGUAGACAGUGACCAGGAAACUGACUUUCUUCUCAUUGGGGCCCCAUUUCAUUUCACAGAGACGGAAGGAGGUCGCGUUUACGUGUAUGGCUGGGAGGAGGAUCAGCUCAUCCUUCUAGGGGAGCUUAAGGGGGACCCAGGAUACCCCUUGGGCAGAUUUGGAGCAGCAAUUUCAGACCUGGCAGACAUCAGUGGCGAUGGACUGAUGGAUGUGGCAGUGGGAGCCCCCCUGGAAGACGAAGAGAGGGGCACUGUGUACAUUUAUAAUGGCCUUCAGCAAAAAUUGCUAACACACUAUAGCCAGAAAAUUACAGGAGCCAGCAUUUCUCCUGGCUUGCAAUUCUUUGGACAAUCAAUUCAUGGAAAAACAGAUCUCAACAAAGAUGGCCUCAUAGACAUCGCAGUGGGAGCCCUGGGAAAAGUGGUGGUCCUCCGUUCCAGACCCAUUGUCACAGUGGUCCCACAGGUGACAUUCUUGCACAAGGAGAUCCCAGUGGAAGAUGUGGAAUGUUUGGGAGAUGCCACCCAAUGGAGGAACAAGGGGUUCGGUCUCAACGUCUGCUUCAACACCAGCUUGGCUACUCAGAGCUAUCAAGGUCCUCUCUCUGCCAUUCUCUCCUUCCAUUUGGAGAUUGAUUCCAACAGAAUGAAGAACCGAGGAGUAUUUAGGAAUGGCAAGAGGACCACAAAUGGGGUCCAAAAAACCACUCUGGGACAAGUGUGUGUUCAGGAAACGAUAAACAUCACGAACUGCAUUGAAGAUUACAUCUCACCUAUCAAGCUCUUUGUGAACUUCUCUUUGAGCAGUGAUGAGGACCAUGAUGAGAGUCAUCCAAGGCCUGUCCAGAACUCAUUAGGCAACACGACAACCGUAGAGAUUCCUUUUUCGAAGAACUGCGGGACAGAUGAUAAGUGUGUGGCUGAUAUGCAAAUCUCAUUCCAUAAUUCAGGUUCUCAGGAGCUGGUGAUAUCUCCCAAACGUUACCUGAACAUGAACUUGGAGCUGAGGAACCCGCGAGAGAAUGCAUACUACCCAACCCUCCAUGUGCUUCACAUGCCUGGCCUCUCCUUCCGCAAGGCUUCUGUGCUCAAACCCAAUCACCUGAUCAUCGUGAACUGUGACGGCAUGCAGGUGAAUCGUGAGCACAGGGGCCUCUCUUGCAAUAUCAGCCACCCAAUCUUUAGGGAUAACACAGAGGCGUUGAUCCAGCUCCGGUUUGGCAUCCUUACCGAAAGUUCCUGGGGGAAUGACUUGGAAAUGGAGGUGAACGUCAGCAGUGAUAAUGAGGAAAAUGAUACCCUUCAUGACAACACAGCUAGACUCCGAAUCCCUAUCAAGUACCCCAUCAACAUCGUAGUUGAGAGGUUACAGGCAUCUACCCAGCAUAUUAGCUUCAGUUCUCGACGUCAAGAAAACAAGACUGUGAUACACUCUUAUAAUGUAACAAACUGGCCCAUGGGCACUUUCCCACCUCCUGAAGUAUCAGUGUUUGUGAAGGUGCCAACCAAGUCUCCUGAUGGGCUGACUUGGGAGGUGGAAGGUGUCCAGACUGAUCCCUCGGUGUUUUGUCAACCCAUUCUAAUGGAGAGAAGUGCAAGUAGUCCUUCUGAAUGGAUUGAUAUGAAAUGUGAAGUUGGCGAAUAUCGCAUCUAUCGGUGUGAUCUUGGACAGAUAAAUUCCUCUGUAAUCAAUGUUACUGGGGUGAUGCAUGUGAAAAGCAACAUUGAGCAUUUUCUUCCGUCAAAGUUUUGCACCGCAUUAUGGUUAAUGUUUAAUACCUCAAGAUAUGUGAACUUCUACGGUCAAGAAUUUGCCCAGUGUCAGGAUACCGAACUGGAGGUGAUUUUUGAGAUGAAUUAUCUUCCUAUUAUAAUAGGCAGUGGAGUAGGAGGCUUGUUCUUGCUCAUCCUCAUCAUUGUACUACUUUACAAGUGUGGGUUCUUUAAGCGUAAUUAUAAGGCAAAGAUGGGUGAUGGUCUGGAAGAAAAUGAGAACGCGCUACAACCCAAAGACAACGUCGAGGAAGGUACAGAGAAAGAAGCCAAACCAGAAAACGAUGCAGAGAGUGACAAAGAAAAAGAAGCGGAUGCCUUGGCAGAGCCACUGAAUGGAGAUGCCGAGGCCAAAUGACCAAAUCAGCCCCUUGGACUGGAAUCCUGAUACUUGGAUUAUUAUUUUUUCAGGAAAGAGGAAUAUUUCACUUUUACUGUCUGCACAUACUGUGGAAAAUGGAAA